GAUAGCCAUGCACGUUAUGGUUAAUGGACCAAACGAUAACACCUUUGCAUUUCUCUUUUGAUCAAAACGAACCAGGGCCCUGUUGGCCCCUCUCUCUCUCUCUCUCUCUCAAUCCUUUUUUGCAUUGCGGUUUCUGUUUCUUGCAUUGGAAAACAUGAAAACGGUAGCCAGUUGAUCUUAUAUUCAAUUGAAGAAACCACAAAAAUCCGUAUGCCCUUUUUCUAAGUUUGCAUUUUGGAAAUGGUGGAUAGGAUGGUGAAGAAGGAGGUUGAACAACAUGAUGAACAAACUGUGACUCUGGGUUUCUAUGGAGAUGAGCAAGCUCAACGGAGGUUUUCUAUAAACAUGAUGGAUAAACAAAACAAGGCCACGGAUAACAAAAACAAGGUCUUAAACUCGGAUAUAAAGCCCGUCACAAAUGGCGAGGCACAAAAAUUUGCAAGCUCUAUGAAGGGUACAACAGCAGAAGCAACAUCCUCUCGUGGUGAGGCUAAGUCAUCUGCUGUAAUUCGAGCAGAAGAGAUCCGAUCGAGUUUGCAAGCGGAAUACCCGAGUUUUGUGAAGUCAUUAGUGAGAUCACAUGUUGCUAGUUGUUUCUGGAUGGGUCUGCCUGUGGCAUUCUGUAAGAAGCACUUGGCGGAUAAGGAUACAACGAUGACUUUGGAAGAUGAAUAUGGCAAAGAAUACAAGAUGAAGUACAUCGCAUGCAAAACGGGAUUGAGCGCUGGUUGGAGACAGUUUUCUGCUGUGCAUAAGUUGCAGGAGGGUGACGUCUUGGUCUUCCAGUUAGUUGAACCUGCCAAGUUUAAGAUUUAUAUAGUAAGAGCAGAUAAUUUAAGGGAAGUAGAUGGGGCCCUUUCGCUUAUGAAUCUAGACAGUUAUGCAAGACAAAAGCAGAGAGAGAAAGAAAACCCAGAGAAUGAUGCUUUAGAUGCUAGUAUUACAAAGAGAAAACCCGGAAAAUCUGUCGCAAUUGACGUCCAAAAGAAAAAGCCAUCAAAGCCAGGGCAUAAAUCUGUGCAACCGGCGCAAUCCGAAAACGAUAGCGAAGAAGCACUCUCAGAAGUAUUUGAGGGGUUUAGAACGCUUGACUUCAAAGAUGUCAAAGGAUUUGAAAACUUUAGCAUCAUAGUGGAUGGUGUGGUAUUAGAUGCCGAGUUCUCUAAUGAGGUUAGAAACAAAUACUACAAACUAUGUUAUAGCCAACGUGCUUUUCUUCAUGAUAACCUCACCAGGGGGUUGAACUAUAAGCUAGUUGUUGGAAUCAUAACCGAGACUGUAAACAUUGCGGACGCCAUCAAAGUUAGCGUGCUAGCUACGCCACGAUUCGACUUCUCGAAUUGGGACAAGACCCUGCUUGCCUUUGAGCAUAUGGGCAUGAAUGUUGAGUUCUUGAGAGUGAAGUUGCGGCGAUUGGUGAGCAUUGCAUAUGAGACUGAUGAUGCCUUAGAAACCAGGAGAUACUUCCAGUAUAAAAAUCAACACUCAAGAGCAGAUGCGGAAAUAAAGAAUAUGGAGUCCAAGCUGGAAGAUUUGAAAGGAGCUUGUAAGGAUUUUAGUGCUUACAUUAAGAGUUUGAAGCAAAAAGCUGAAACUCAUCAAAACAAGUUUCAGAAAGAGGUUGCUUCUCCUUGGUGAAACAAACUUGCAUUCUUUAUGUGCUAGAAUAAUGUAAAUCUUGUUUAUAUAAUGGGAUGUUGGCUCAUCAUUAUUUGGCUUGGUUAA